UACCAGACUUUAAACACAACAUAGUAUCAAAAUGGUUUAAUAAAAACCAUAGUCAUAGUAUCCAAAUGGAUAGUAACCGACCGAUUGUUGGUAAUAUGUUCUUCUAGAGCACUGGACCUCUUCGAUGCAAACACCAACGGUAUUCCGAACGUAACCGGGCCUGCAGAAGCAUCCUCGCUGGCACAUCGAACCACAUCCUUGGUAUCCACCGUAAAGCAUUCAGAAUUGAACCGUGUACCGAGCAUCAUUCAUUUACUGGUCUGUGAAAAUAAUGCAUCUGAACCGAGUGAUCAUAGUCACUAUUUCCAUCGUUGCGUGUUCAAUUCAACGAUCAGAAACUAUAAACUGCAAUCAAGAUCCUAAACACGAGGAAGGCAGAUUGAAGAAGCACUUAAUAUGUGAAAAUUACAACAAAGAGCUACGACCGGUGAAGGAUACAAAGUCCUCAGUCAGCGUGUCAGUAACGCCUAUUUUGAUGAAUUACGAUUAUGAUGACAGAGAAAAUACCCUUAGUGCCAAUUUAUUGCUGAUCAUGCAAUGGACUGAUCAAUUUUUAAUUUGGGAUGCGGCGUCCUUUAGUAAUAUAAGUACAGUAGUGGUCAAUGCAGACGAAAUAUGGACUCCUGAUUUACAGCUGUUCUCAUCUUACUACAAACCAGAUGCUGAAGCAAGCUGCACUAAUCUACGUUGCCGCGCGAAAUCGAACGGAGAAAUCAUGUGUGUGCCAUCUUGUGAUUUCAAUGGCCGUUGCGAAUCAGACUAUUCUGAUUGGCCACUUGAUUCGCAGCAGUGUUACUUGUACUAUGGAGCUUGGAUGGAAUCCGCAAAUGAGGUAGAUUUCCACACCACCAUCAGCUGGCUUGGAUCGGCUCAAUCCAAUACCCACAUCCAGUGGCGCGUUAUAUCUGCCAAAGCGUCCAAGCAAUCGGUUAAUUCUUCAGAUGAUAACCACACAUAUCCGGUGCUGAUAUACGAUUACAUCAUCGAACGGCAUUCCAAUUUCCAUAUGGCGACCGUGCUGACGCCCAUUUUUUUGCUUAUAAUUUUGAACCUCUUUUUGACCUGGCUAAGUACGGAUUCCAUUGAGAGAAAACUGAUUUUGGUUGUGUCUAUAGUGUGCCACUUCAAGUAUUUGGCGCUUAUUCAAUGGGCAGUUCCAGCUAAUGGUGAUUCGGUUCCUGGAUUAUUGAUCUUCCUCCGUAAUUCGAUCAUCAUCACCUGUCUGUUAUUAACCCAAACAUUUCUAGGAUCCGCUCUGAAACGAAUGAACAGAGCGCCACCUAAUGCUGUCGUCCUCCUAACUGGAACGAUUAAGAAGCACAAAGUCGGUGAAUUGAUUCUUUCUGGGAAUUACAUGAACAUGGAAUAUAAGAAAUCUGAAAUCCCUGAAAACACUUCCACAGAAACGGUGCAGAACCGUACUGCAUGGUUAUCGGUUAGUAAAACCUUCGAUCGGCUGUUUUUUAUUUUAUUACUAGGAUCCUAUGUAACUUUGUUCUUCAUCUACGUUCCUGUGAGAUACAAUCGCUCCAUGGAUAUUGAGUUGAACGUUUUAGACUACGAGGAUGUUAACCAUAUCGCUCAGUAAUCUACAUAAGGAGUAACAUAAUAUAAAACAAACCAGGAUUAUUAAUAUUGUAAUAAAAACAUCAAGAGAGUACUUGACAAUGUCCAUUAAAAUAACAUUCGUAUUUAUCAUAAAACAAGUGUUAAUUCUAGAUAAACAUUUCAACGGUCCUAUCUGCUUUCAUCGUUUUUCCGGAGCGUCUUUUGAUUUUGGUAAUUGUUCAUGUUUACUAACUCUCCCAAGCGUGGUUUUCGUUCAGAAGGCUAGAGUGAUCCCUCCGCUAUCAACUUGUGCAAAUACCGUGUCAUAAAAGGUGUUUGAUAAGUUAUGGUGAUAGAAUGAACCAUUACCUGAAUGAAAAGACACUCCGGAAAUUUUGAAAUGUUUAUCUAGCGUUAGAGUAAUUUCCUUGAAUUGUUAGGAAAAACUCUGAAAAUGACGCGACAAGCAACGAUGACAGACAUAGAAGGUAUAGGCGACAAAUUAUCAAUAAUAUAACCCGAAAUCAUACUGCCACGUCUUGUAGCUUGAUAGCCACAAUCCAAUGAAAAUUCCACCUUAAUUUUAUUAAAAGUAUCCGAAUUUAUACUUCUAGUUCUUUUAGUUCGUACUCUGUAGUAACAAAGGCCAGGUUCAUGCAUUUUUUUGUUAUUUUUUUCAUUCACUGUAAUAAUUUUACAAUAUGGUUUAUCAUAGAUUACGUUCACUUCCAAUGA